GUAAUCUUAAAAUUCAUCCGAGAUAACACCACCGGUUAUAGCCGGUUACCUUACCUUUCUUUCGAGAAAAUCCCCCGCCCCCGUCCAACCUUCUUUUCCUUCUCGCCGGCCUUUUCUUCACCUCCAUUUAUAUUCCGGACGAUAAUAAACAGAACUAGUUUAGAAAAAGGCAAAGAAACAGAAGAAGGAACGAACGUGAACGGAUCCCUUCUUACUUGUUGUAAUAAUACAUAUAGUGUAGUUAUUCGAAAAAUCUAAGGAAGAGUUUCAGUUUUUAUCAAUCUUCGGCGAGGUUAGGUGAUCGAGGGGAUGGGGAGGAACGGAGUAGAAUUUCCGGCGAUUAUAGCCUACAAAUUGAGAGACGCAUCCAGUUGGUGGCAAGAGAUAAACGAAUCGAUUGUGUGGCAGGAUCGGAUCUUUCACGUUCUUGCCGCACUUUAUGGCUUCGUCGCCGCCGUUGCUUUGGUUCAACUGGUACGGAUACAAUUGAGAGUUCCAGAGUAUGGUUGGACUACACAGAAGGUUUUCCACUUUCUCAAUUUCCUGGUGAAUGGGGUUCGCUGUCUUGUAUUCAUUUUUCGCCGAGAUAUAGAAACUAUACAUCCAUCGAUUCUCCAACAUGUCUUACUUGAUUUGCCAAGUCUUGCUUUCUUCACAACAUAUGCACUUUUGGUUUUGUUCUGGGCAGAAAUAUACUAUCAGGCCCGUGCUGUAUCUACUGAUGGACUUAGGCCGAGUUUCUUCACAAUUAAUGCAGUAGUUUAUGCCAUUCAGAUUGUUAUGUGGUUGAUUUUAUGGUGGAAAGAUACCCGAUUGCUGGUCAUCAUCUCUAAGAUGUUCUUUGCAGGGGUGUCUUUGUUUGCAGCUCUUGGUUUUCUACUUUAUGGUGGAAGGCUUUUCUUGAUGUUGCAGCGGUUCCCUGUAGAAUCUAAAGGGAGGCGUAAGAAGUUGCAAGAGGUUGGCUAUGUGACCACCAUAUGUUUCUCAUGCUUCCUGGUUAGAUGCAUUAUGAUGUGCUUCAAUGCAUUUGAUAAAGCUGCAAAUCUUGAUGUAUUGGAUCAUCCAAUUCUAAACUUCAUAUAUUACCUGCUGGUGGAGAUUGUACCAUCUUCAUUGGUUCUUUUCAUUCUUCGGAAAUUGCCACCAAAACGUGGUAUCACACAAUAUCAUCCCAUACGUUGAAGGGAUUGAGACGACAUGGACUAAAAUGUAAUAGUAAGCCUCAGGAAAUGGAUGUGAUGCUUGGAUUUUCACUUAAGAGAAGGAAGACUACGGGCUCUAACGAGAACAUCAAAAGCAACCAAACAUUUAGUUUUCGUUGGUUUUAGAGUUGCAAGCUGAUCUCAUGCAAUCUAAGAUGUCUAUUUGUUGUCUGUAGGAGGUUAUUGUUGUGUUGAAAAGAUAUAUUCACCUAAUGAUUGUGAAAUGCGUCUUGACCAUUAGUGUUGUGAUGUUUUGUUCUGUAUGUCUUGCAUCUUAUAAUCAGAGGCUUCUGCAACCAUCCAUGAACGCAGUGAAAAAGGUGUGUUGUACGAUUGGAUGUUGAAACAAUCGAUUUUUGUUAAAUUAUUCUCUUGAAUUUCUUUCUA